ACAAUUUUAUGUCGAUAAACAGCUCCAGAAUAUGUUCUUGUACGACUUAGCAAGUAAAUUGUAAAGAUGGCGCAAGAUUCUACUGAAAUCAGAAAGAAAUUAUUUAGAUCUCCGAUGGUUGAAGGUGACAGACUUGCAGAUAAUAGCACAUCUAUGAACCUCAUGACAAGACUGCACAUUGAACAUGAUAUGGAACAUGUUUAUAAAACUGUUAAUAAAGACAUGCAUGAACAGCGAUUAAAGCAGUUGCGACAAAAACUAAAGACAUUAGAAGAAGAUGAUUGGCGCUACCAACCAGUGGACAAGUUGAUUGGUCUACAGUAAUCUUUUUUCUUGUACUUUUAUAAGUACAAUGAGACCAAUACAAUAUGUAAAACUGCUCAAACACCAAGAGAGACAAGAACUCUGCUUGUUACAGAGGGCUGUAAGAAAAUUGUCAUCUGAAAACCAUUGCAUAACAGUUACCAUGUCUGUUUUCAAUUAGCAGUACAAAGGUUUUUAAAAAUUGUUGGCCAUGAGCCUGAAUUUUAGUAAUCAUGUCAUAUGUGCCAAUGAUGUUUUUUAAAUUACAUGGAAGUUUUUCUUGUGAUUCCAGUGGGGGAAAAUAAUUUUUUUUUCUCUGUGUCUGUGUACGUUUGAGAAAGCAAGACUUCUAGAUGAAACAUUUGACUGUGAUUUGUGAUGUUUAGUUUCU